CACCCGGGGUGGGCGGGGCCAGCGCCUUCCCGGGCCGCGAUCUGUGCUGCUCUCGCGAGAGCUCCCCCUUUUCCCGGCUGGCGCGGAGCGAGAAAGGCCAUGUUCAGCUCUAGCGCCAAGAUUGUGAAGCCUAAUGGCGAGAAGCCAGAUGAGUUCGAGUCUGGUAUAUCCCAGGCUCUGCUGGAGUUGGAAAUGAACUCCGACUUAAAGGCUCAGCUGCGGGAGUUGAACAUCACAGCAGCUAAGGAAAUUGAAGUAGGUGGUGGCAGAAAAGCCAUCAUUAUCUUUGUACCAGUUCCUCAGCUGAAAUCCUUCCAGAAGAUUCAGGUGCGGCUAGUUCGGGAGCUGGAGAAGAAAUUUAGUGGAAAACAUGUGGUGUUCAUUGCUCAGAGAAGGAUUCUGCCCAAGCCAACAAGAAAAAGCCGCACAAAAAACAAGCAAAAGCGUCCGAGGAGCCGUACGCUUACUGCAGUGCACGAUGCUAUUCUUGAGGACCUGGUCUUCCCAAGUGAAAUCGUGGGCAAGAGAAUCCGUGUAAAACUGGACGGCAGCAGGCUUAUAAAAGUCCAUCUGGACAAAGCACAACAGAACAAUGUUGAACACAAGGUGGAAACAUUUUCUGGUGUGUACAAGAAGCUCACAGGCAAAGAUGUGGUGUUUGAAUUUCCAGAAUUCCAGCUGUAAAAUGCAAAAAAUGGCUGAAUAAACAACUAUUCAUAUAA